AUGUGCUACUUCGAUCAAAUAAGAUGGAAGUGCGGAUACUGGAGAUGGGGUCCCUUUCGCCAACAGUGCAUCAAGGAAUCCCGGACCGGCGAGACUUGUGGCCUCAAGCUCAUCAACCAAGUCUACGACCAUGAGGACAAGUGCAAGCUCUGCUACGACAUUGACAAAAAGGUCCGUCGCAUAGCCAAGAUGUCCCGUGACAUUGAGAGAUGGCAAGGAGAGGGGAACCGAACAGCAACAAUCGAACGGACGCAGGACGAAGCUGUCCUCGUCCAGAGGCAGAUGGAGGAGAUGCACCACCAGCACUGGAGACGAGUUCAGGGUGCCGACUACAGCUGA